CCCCAGCUCCGUUCCCCUCAUUGCACAGAAACGCCGGCCAUGGGGGAAUGCAAGAGCUCCCGGCGCCCUCUCCUCCUCGCCGCCAUUGUUGUCGUGCUCGCCUUCUUCGUCGCGCAAUGCGGAGCGAGGGUGCUGACGGUGGACGAGCUGCUGGACCAGUACUCCGAGUCCGACCACCACUCGGCCUCUCCGCCUCCCGGCUCCCCCGGCUGCGCCCCGGAAGCAUCGCCGCCGCCCGUCAUCCCGGCGCCGUCCUUCGCCUACCUGUCGCCGCCGCCGCCCAUGCAGUUCUACUCCCCUCCGCCCCCCGAGGUCGUGCCCAGCCCGCCUGAGGUCACACCAAGCCCGCCUGAGAUCGUGCCGAGUCCGCCUGAGAUCACGCCGAGCCCGCCUGAGAUAGCGCCGCUGCCGCCGGUGGUCGCGCCCAGCCCACCGGAGAUUGCGCCGCUGCCGCCGGUGGUCGCGCCCAGCCCACCGGAGAUUGCGCCGCUGCCGCCGGUGGUCGCGCCCAGCCCGGUCGGGCCAUUCCCAGGGCCACCAGAGGUCACGCCCAGCCCACCGGACGUGACGCCAUUCCCUGGGCCACCGGAGGUCACGCCCAGCCCGCCGGAAGUCGAGCCGUUCCCGGGCCCACCGGAGGUGACUCCCAGCCCACCCGAGGUCACGCCGUUCCCGGGGCCACCGGAGGUGACUCCCAGCCCGCCGGAGGUCACGCCGUUCCCAAGCCCGCCGGAGGUGACCCCCAGCCCGCCAGACUACGCGCCGUACCCGCCUCCGGAGUCCUCACCGGGGUCCGGGUCGGGGUCGUCCCCGAGCCCGCCGGGGGGCAGCUUCCAGCCGCCGGUGGUGCUCCCGCCGACGACCGGGCCGCCGUCGCCGUCGGCGGGGCACGCGGAGUGGUGCGUGGCGAAGCCGUCGGUGCCGGCGGCGAUCGUGCAGCAGGCCAUGGACUACGCGUGCGCGUCCGGCGCCGACUGCGAGUCCCUCCAGGCGGACGGCGCCUGCUUCAAGCCGGACACCAUGACGUCCCACGCCUCCUACGCCUUCAACAGCUACUGGCAGCGCGCCAAGUCCACCGGCGCCACCUGCGACUUCGGCGGCACCGCCAUGCUCAUCACCAAGGACCCGAGCUAUGAUAACUGCCAUUACAGUGUGAUGUGAAGAACAGAACAGCCUCCCAAACAGAUGCCAUCAGUGGUGUAUGGUUUUGGAAGCUGGACACCAUUGUCUGCUCAAGUUCAGAGGAAGUAGUACAGAUAUACAUACAGAUAUAUACAUGUAGGCUGUUUUGAAUGUGAGCAUGUUCAGUUUGUGAAUGUACCCAUCUAACUUUUGCUUCCUUUUGACACAUAUUGUUUUGUAUAAUUCUGAAUAACGCUAUGUAAUUUUCCAUCUUCAUGAAUUUCAUAAUGGCAACCACGUUCGUCAGUUGACAA